AUGAUCAGGCGCAACAAUGAAGAACAAGAAGAAGAAAGGCUUCUUUUUAGGCAUUUCAGCCAUGAACAUCCCCUAGAACUUGCCUGCGAUGAUAGUAGUCGUCCUGAAGCAGACCGAGUCACCUGUGUUGGUUGUGGCAUCCAUUUACUUCCCAGGAAGGCCUAUUACACCUGCAGAACCUGUGACUUCUCUCUCCAUCGUCCAUGCUACAACAUGCCAAGGAAAGUCCACCACCCGGCAGACCCUGGCCACGACUUAGUCCUUCAUCUCUCCACCUCUUUCGCCUGCAAAGGAUGUGGCAAUCCUGGUUCUGGCUUCUCUUAUCACUGUGGCAUAUGCCUUCAGAAUUACCAUAUUUUAUGCUCAGCUUUGCCGCUUUCCACCUCCCAUUAUUCCCAUCCCCACGUCUUAAAACUCGAGUUCUCCCCUCCUCAUUAUGAUGGACUCGAGGGCUUCUGCUGUGACAUAUGCAAAAACCCGGGUUCUGAUCAUUGGCUCUAUCGAUGUGGGACCUGUGAGUUCGAUGUUCACCUUCACUGUGCCAUAUCUAACGGUCAAGGCCAUCAAUCCCAGACUCAGGAAACCAACUAAAGCAGCUUCUGAUAAGCCAACAUGGAAUGGCCAUAUCUCAUUCAAGGAGCUAGCUCUGGAUCAUUGUCUAUGAAUAUUACUUUUAAUCUUGUCUUUUGACUCUGAAUUAUAUCUUUGUUCUGCUCUAUGUAAUCCAUAAGCGCCUCUUUAAAUUACUGUUUCUCUCAGAAAAAAAA